AUGGCAUGGUACCAAAGCCUGCCCCCUCAAUCCAUCCAUUCAUGGAGGGAUCUUACUGAACAGUUUUCCAGACACUUCACUGCUUCCCGCAAGCACCCAAAGACUGUGCAUGCCUUGGAGGCCAUAUACCAAGCUGAAGACGAAACUCUCCGCAACUUCGUCGAGAGAUUCAACAAAGAGGCUGUGCAGGUCGAAACGACCGACGACAUGAAGAAAUACUUGCUGCAGAGGGGCCUUCGCCCGGGCAGCGAUUUUGCUAAAGCUGUGGGCAUAGAAAAACCACCCACCUGGGACGACCUCCUCCUAAAAGCUCAAAAGUACAUCGACUACGAGGAGGUCCAGGCAGCUGAUGUCGCUCGCCUUGCCCGACCUGGAAGCAGCCACCCUGCCCGUGAGCCCUCCCACAGGCACGACGACAGGGGAAGCGACCGGGGACACGAUAGAGGCGGCGAUCGGGGCGGCGAGAGGGGCAGAGACAGAAGGAGGGGCGACAGGCGUGAAUCUCGUGGCCCUCCAAGCACAUUCGCCACAUACACCCCCCUCGUCAAAUCACGGGGAGAAAUAUUUGCUGAGGUUCACAUCUCUGAGUUUAACAGAGCGAAUGUAAAACAGCCCAAGCCGACUCCCCUGAAGCCCGGCCAAGACAAGAAUAGGUAUUGCAGAUACCACAAGAGUUAUGGUCACAGGACCGACGAUUGCAUCCAGCUGAAGGAUGCUAUCGAAAUAUUGAUAAGAAACGGACAGUUACGAGAGUUCGUAAAGAGAAACAAUGACCCUCGACCAGAGGCCGCGGAGACUCGCGCCGUCGAGGAGGUAGUUCCCCCACCAGCCGGGCCGAGUGGCACCAAGCAGAUCGCCAUGAGCGUAUCCCGGCCAGAAGAUUUUAAUAUCCCCAGCUACAUGGCCAACAUGGACGUUCGUCGGGUCCUCAUCGAUCCGGGGAGCUCUUGCGACAUCAUGUACGCCAGUUUGUUCAGGACCUUACAACUGGACGAGACACACCUCACCCCAUACAUGGGCUCAGACCUCACAGGAUUCAAUGGAGCAACUACUAGGCCUUGGGGUUAUGUCGACCUGAUCGUCACCUUUGGCUCCGAAGAGACUGCUAAGUCGAUCAGGGUGAAAUUCUUGGUCGUGGACUGCCCCUGCCUCUACCAGUGCAUCAUCGGCAGGACGGCCAUAGCAGACCUGAUGGCUGUCCCCUCCACCGCCCACCUGAAGAUGAAAUAUUACACUCAUAAGGGGCAGGUUGCUACUUUGCACGGGGACAUCGAAGCCGCGAGGAGGUGCUUUGACGCAGCAUCCAAAGGCAACAACUUCAUUGGCAAAGCUCCUGAAGCAAAGAAGCCAAAGCCUUCCUCGGAAACACCACCAAAACCAUCCCCGGAAGCACCACCAAGUCUGCCCGGUCCAAGUCAAGAAGACUACGUCACUACUUCCUAG